UGAUGUCAGUAUACUGUAAAAGCUGUCAUUUGUAAUAUAUUUAAUAUUUUAUUAUGAUAAAUGUGAAAUUAAUUGUAUUAUUAACUUGUGUCGAUAUAGUUGUGGGUAAUUCUUAUUGUGAAAUAUGUUCUGAGCACACUCUUUGUAAAUACGCUAUGCCAGGUGCUGGCACGUCUUGUAAAUUAUAUGACAAGACAGUUUUUCUUACCAAUCAUGAUAUCAAAGAGAUUAUCAAAAAAAUUAAUGAACGAAGAAACUAUGUAGCGAUGGGUUAUUCAAAGUUCUUGCCGGCUGCAGCUAACAUGAGGGAAAUCCGUUGGUCUACAGAAUUAGCAGCGUCCGCUCAAAGAUGGGUGGAUCAGUGCGACCAAUCGCUCUGGCCAGACAAGGAAGACCAAUGCAGGAAUCUUAAAAACGAACCCGUGGGGCAGAACAUAGCAACUGUCAUCGAAGCGUCAUCUUUCAAUGUGAAGAGUUUCGUUGACACCUGGUUCAUACAAAUUCUGGAUUACACUGGAAGUGUUGCAUAUUAUAAUCAAUCACAGGACAACAAGACAAAAUACUUCACCCAAAUGAUUUGGGCUGACACCAGUCGGGUUGGAUGUGGCAGAGCCAGAUUUUAUGUGGAACACAAAACCGGCAUGGUUGACCGACUGGUAUGCAACUUUGCUCUACGAGGAAACUACCACGGGAAACCAGUGUACGCCAUAGGAUACCCCGCCACGCAAUGCCCUGACCACUCGCUGCCUGAUGAGAGCUUCCAAGGGUUAUGCAGUCAUCUUGAACAUAAGAAUCUCAGCACAUUUGACAAUGUAAAAAAAACAUCAGGAAGUCCUAGAGUGAGCAGUUUACUCAGAAUCCUGAACUUAUCAAACAGCACUGCGAAGCAAGCGAUAGAUCCUAUCCGAAAUAUCUUCAGGCCGCUUAAACCAAACGCAAACCUGAAAGUAGAACAAAAAAAUCAGAAAAUAAGACACAUUGAAAAUAUUACUUAUACUGGCAUGAAUUCGGGUAUAAACCAAUAUAAUAUGAAUCCUAUACCAGUACCCAGUUUUAAAUACAAUCAAAACAUGAUGGCCGGAAACUUCGGUCAGGAGAGGGGAGAUCGUCCUCAAGAAAGAGGGCAUUCCCGCGUCUACCAUGGUCAUUAUUUGCAUACGAUUGAAGAAAUGAAAACCACUCAAGGAGGCACGGCCAGAGAAGAUUUUCGAAGAUUCAAUUUUAUGCCUGACUCUUUCAGUGGUGGUGUAGAAAACUCACCAUAUAAUGGAAGAUGUAACGGAAAUAAUGAAUGUACUCGUAAAGAUGCAACUGUACCAUGUCCGACUGAGACAAGAUGUGUUUCAAAGGCUCAAUGCACGAGAAGACCACGUAAAGAUUAUGCACCAACACAAGAACAACAUAUAGUUAAAGAUGAUUGUCCUUGUAAUAUACCUACAUCAUCUUGUUCUACUCCUGCUCCUUUGCCUACAAAAUGUAUGUGUAAUAUUAAUUGUAAGUGCCUAACAACCAGGUACCCUAAUUAUUUACGAAUACAGACGACAUUUACAGAUGAUACUAGAAAAUCUGCACCGAACUUUGAAUAUUAUGACCAAGUGCCAAAUAUAGGUAUUCGUAGUGGAGAAAAAAAUAAUGGUGGUAAAGAAACUUCUUUCACAAAAGGUUGGCCAUUCAAACAUGGAGCAUCUAUUAAAACCGAACUCCAGACUUUUACAUCUACAAAAAAGUUAAACUUUAACGAAAAUGAUAAAAGUAUUAAUAAUUUUAAAGAUUACUAUGAUGAUUAUAUGGGUAAUAUAUACAAGAAGCUUGAUAAUUACCGAAGAAAUAGACGCGAGUCAACAGAAGAAUCAACAUUUAAACCAUUUUGGCAAAUAGAUGAAUUGACUCAUAAAAUAUCCCCACAACUAAAAUCAUUAAGAUAUACUACUCUUUCCAAUAGGCAAAAAGUUAAUUACAGGAAACCUACUACGACCACCGAAUUUAUAACUAUCAAUUUAAGUGAAGACAAUGAUGUUAGUAGAAAAUUAAUAACUGAAAAAUAUUUAUCUUUUGAUGAAUUGAUGCGUCUCAGAAAAUUUGGAGAAGCAGAUAUCGAUAUCUAUGGAGCUCGACGAGUUCCAACCAAAAAAACAACAGCUACUACUAAAAAAGCAGCAGCAACCACUAAAAAAGCAUCAGCAACCACUAAAAAAGCAACAGCAACCACUAAAAAAUUAGCAUCGACGACCAAAAACGGAACAGCAUCUUCAAAGAAAAAACUAACAGGGAACGAAGUGGCUGAAAAAUCUACAUCUACAACAAAAAGUAGUGAAAUAACUGCGAACACACCGUUUGAAAGAAAAAAACAUUGUACUCGUAAGUUAACUUGUACCUGGACAGCAGUUACUGUAACUGGCGCUGAUGGAUCUGUAAUUGGAGGUUGGGAAGUAGAAAAAGGUUCUUUGACCCCAUCAGGUUAUGUAGAUGGAUGUACACGAACCUCAACUUGUACGAGAAUUUACAUGAAUAGAAAUAAAUUUUCAACAAUAGGUGAUAGUGACAUUGAAAAUGAGCGCGGAGAAGAAACCUCUGGAGAUGGAUUGCAUGGAGGUGAAGAUUAUUGUGAAAAGCGCGCACUAGAUAUUCGACGUAGAGAUUCUGGUGUAGAGUUCUUCGAUGGUGACAUUGUUACUGAAACCGUUUCACAAAUGUCAAGUCCUCCAUCUUCGUAUGGCUAUUAUGACUCGAGUACAGAAAAAAUGCAUUCACAUGAACAAAGCGAAUGUACAUGUGAGGAAAACUUAAGAGUAAAAAGAGAUGAAAAUCGUCAAAAUAAUCUUAGAGAAACUAUCUCUUACGGUGAUUUGUAUUACAGAGUAUUGAAAAAGAUAAUAAGUGGCUGGAGAAUUUUUCACUCUUCUGAUAAAAGCAAAUGUGCGUGCAACGACGGCCUUCGCAAUGCAGCAAAUAUUUAUUCUAUAAUUAUUUUUAAUUAUUUGGUUAUUUAAAAUGUAUAUUAUAAAUUAUGAAUUAAAGACAUGAAUUAUUUAAA